AUGAAGUUAGCAUUGAUAUUUGGAGUUGUUGCUUUUGCAUUUUAUUCACUUCUUGAUAAGUUGUAUGAUACAUGGUUGCCAACAAACUAUCGUUUUGACAACAAACUUCUUCAUGAACUAGUCAAAGAAACUGUCGCUGAACAUCCACUGGCCAACGCAACAGCUAUGAUGAUUGAUUUGGGUGCUAAAAUUAAACAUCAUUAUCCCGACAUUGUCAACGAGUUAAACUUUCAAGAUUGGGUAUUCAAUAAUGCUGGUGGGGCUAUGGGGACAAUGUUUAUUUUACAUGCAUCUAUUUCAGAGUAUUUGAUAUUCUUUGGUACUGCUCUUGGUACCGAAGGUCAUGCUGGAGUUCAUUUUGCUGAUGAUUAUUAUAUGAUUUUAACUGGUCAUGAAAAGGCAGCAAUGGCUGGGGCUUUACAGCCGGAAAUUUACAAGCCUGGUGAUUCACAUCAUUACAAGAGGGGUGAAGUAAAACAAUAUUAUAUGAGUCCAGAAGGAUUUGCUUUGGAAUUAGCUCAAGGAUGGAUUCCCGCAAUGUUGCCAUUUGGGUUUAUGGAUACGUUCAGUUCCACCAUGGAUUUCAAUACAUUGUACUUAACAGUGUAUUACACAGCAAAGGAUAUGAUUAAAAACUUGUUUCACGGUAAGUUUUAG